UACCCAGGUACGGCUAAAGCUGAAGCUGGUAAUUUAUCGCACUCGUGUCAUCCUGUGGCGCUAACGAAUUGAGUGGCAUAUGAUCUGUACAACUGCUCCACGCAGGUAGGCGACAUCACAUGGUCGAUCACACUUGACAUUUUGUCCUCAUGCUUCACACCGUUGGCCAGGUGGUGCAUGUACCGGUGAGACAUGAUUGUCCAUGCCGUAUGAAAAUCAGUCACGAUCUAGAUGAGCUUGUUUAAGGAUUUCUUGGCGUCAGGGGGCAUCAUCAGCUACAUCCACAGUUUAUUCUCGAAUACUGCAUUCCACAAUUAUGGCAUAUUGUAUGGCAUUUACAGUCGACACAAUUAAUAAUCGCAUCAUCUACUCCUACAUGGCAUCGCAUUCAGUGUGAUUACAAAUUUAGUAUAGUCAAAACAGAUCAAUCCAGAUGUAGAAACGUAAAGGGCAAAAGGCAAAGUGUCCACCCGUCAGAAGAUUUCUACCCAAGAAAGAAAGAAAAGGAAGGUGCGAAUUUCCCUCGGGAUUUAGGCGCCGCCGCCGCCGCUAACGUAGCAGUAGCACACCACACCGCACCACCAGGCUCCAGCUGAGCUCUCUCUCUCUUUCUCGCUCUUGUGGCGUGAGCCGAAUCCCAUUGGAGUAGAGUAGGCCACCGCCUCACCUGCCAAUCCUAUGGUUGCGGUGAUGGAGGUGCGUACACACCUCCUCGUCCUUGUCUGCCUCCUCGGCGCCGGCGCCGGCGCAUGCGUGGCGCAGUCUUUGCCGCCGGCGCCGCAGUCCACCGGGGUGGCGCCGCCGCCGAGGCCCACGCCGUUCGGUCGCACCAUGUCCACGGUUAUCACCGUGGCCAUCAGCGUCUUCUUCUUCCUGCUCUUCUUCUGCGCCUACAUCAAUCAGUGCCGCCUCGCCGAGAACGCCGCGCCGCAGGGUGCCAACGCCGCCGCGGCCGGGCCCGGGGCGUCCAGGAGGGGGAAGCGCGGGCUGGACCCGGCGACGGUGGCCACGUUCCCGAUCAUGCCGUACCGGGAGAUCAAGGAGCACAAGAUCGGCAGGGGCGUGCUGGAGUGCGCCGUGUGCCUGACGGCGUUCGAGGAGGGCGACGACCUCCGGCUGCUGCCGCACUGCUCGCACGCCUUCCACCCGGAGUGCAUCGACCCCUGGCUCGAGGCGCGGAUCACGUGCCCGCUCUGCCGCGCCAACCUCGAGAAGCCGCCGCCGCCGCCGGCGCCCGCCGUGGCGCCCCCGUCGCCGGAGCAGGUGGCGCGGCGUCAGCCCUCGCCUUCGCCGUCGCCGCCGCACGCCGUGGUGAUACCGGUGCGGGAAGAGGAAGAGGAGGAGAGCGACGAGGACGACAGGAAGGAGGAGGCGAUGGAGCUGGAGAUGCUGCGCAGCGAGCGGCGGGCGGCGAGGCUGCCGAGGUCGCACUCGACGGGGCACUCGCUCUUCGCGGCGUCGGCGGCCGCCGCCGAGCGGAGCGACCACGAGAGGUUCACCCUGCGGCUGCCGCACCACGUGAGGGAGCAGGUGCUCAGGUCGCGCCGCCUGCGCCACGCCACCAGCCUGAUCGACCUCGCCGGAGCGAGCCCCGAGGGGAGCGUGCGCGGAGGCCGGCCCGCGGACGGGGGAGGCAGCUUCGGCAAUGCCGGCGGCGGGCGGCGGUGGCAGGCGUUCCUGGCGAGGACGAUGUCGUGGGCCCGAGGGGGAGGCGACGGGUCGGUGCGGAAGGGGUGGGACGGGUCCACCCGGAGGGGAAGGGACGAUCCCGAGUCGAGCAGAAAGGGAGCCGCUUCGCCGGCGGUGGCGCGGCCAUGAUGAACAACACGCCGCCACCGGAACUGCAGUGCAGAGCUCGACUGUAAAAAAUGCGUGUAAUUUGCUUUUUUUUUUUUAGCUGAUGGUAUGGAUAAAUUUAAUUUUUCAUCUUUUUAUUACGUAGCUAGGAAAAUAUUUGCGUGUGCUCCUGUGACGCCUGAAGUUUUCUCGUUUCCUCUGACUCCCGCGAAGUGAAAUAUUUUUGUUCGAUCCCGUGGAUUCCUUGGGGUGGGAUUUGAGACUUUGUCGAGGGAGAAGAAUCUGAAUGUUCACUUUUGGACUUGUGCA